AUGCAAGGAGCCGACUAUGAUGAUCGGACCUCCUUCCUGGGGGACUGGGGACCGUUUCAACAGAUAGUCUUCUUUCUCUUGUGCUGCAGCACUAUACCAAAUGGCUUUACAGGUCUGUCCAUUGUUUUUGUGGGUGACACACCACCUCACCACUGCCAUAUCCCCGCACACCACAACAUCACAGCCCGAUGGAGAAACGUGAGUAUUCCCUGGGAAGGGCAGGUGCGUGGCAGUGGAACUGUGCGGCUCAGUAGAUGCACCAGAUACAACAUUGAUGCGAUUAAAAAUUACUCCGACAAAGGUUAUGAGCCAUGGAUAGACGUUAACGUUUCAGAGAUACCACUAGAAGUCUGCAAAGAUGGAUGGGUGUACGACCAACAGCAAUACACAUCUACUAUAGUAUCUGAGUGGAAUCUGGUGUGUGGUGAUGACUGGAAAAGCCCCAUGACAUCCUCAAUAUUCUUCGUUGGAGUCCUGGCAGGGUCCUUUGUAUCUGGUCAGAUGUCUGACAGGUUCGGAAGGAAGGUGGUACUCUUCACAACGAUGGCGGUCCAGACCAUUUUUACCCUCAUUCAGAUCUUCUCCACAUCUUGGCUUUGGUUCUGUGCCCUGUAUUUCAUUGUUGGCAUGGGACAAAUAUCCAACUAUGUAGCUGCAUUUAUUUUAGGGAUGGAGAUCCUGAGCCCGUCGGUGCGAGUGCUGUAUGGUACUCUGGGCGUGUGUCUGUUCUUCGCUCUGGGCUACAUGCUGUUGCCUCUGAUGGCCUACGCCAUACGAGACUGGAGGAUGCUGCAGCUCGCUCUCACGCUACCCGGCUUCCUCUAUGUGCCUCUCUGGUGGUUCAUCCCCGAGUCUCCCCGAUGGCUCCUGUCCCAGGGCAGGGUGGAGGAGGCGGAGGCCAUCGUGAGGGAGGCGGCACGUAGGAACAAGGUCCCGGCCCCAGAAGUCAUCUUCCAGCGCCCUCAGCAAGGCGGCCCGGCUGAAAAAAUGCAGUCCCACAACAUCUGCGAUCUGGUGCGGUCACACAACAUCCGCUGCGUAACGGUCGUGCUGUGCCUGGUCUGGAUCACCCUGUCAAUUGGCUACUUCGCCUUGUCCCUGAACACAGGGAACCUGAGUGGUGACUCCUACCUGAACUGCUUCCUGUCUGCGGCCAUAGAGCUUCCUGCGUACCUGAUCGCCUGGCUGAUGUACCGCUGGUGGCCCCGACGCAUCUGCCUCUUCUCCACGCUGGUCCAGGGAGGGGCCGUGCUGCUGCUCAUCAGCCUCAUACCACAACACAUGAGCAGCAUUGCCAUUGCUCUGGAGAUGAUGGGCAAGUUUGGCGUGACGGCGGCGUUCGCCAUUGUGUACGCGGUGACGGCGGAGCUGUACCCUACGGUGCUGAGGAACACGGCUCUGGGCACCUGCUCCAUGGCAUCACGAGUAGGCAGCAUCUCCGCACCCUACUUCGUCUACCUGGGAGGUGUGAGCAAGUCCCUGCCUUACCUACUGGUGGGUGGCCUGAGCGUGCUGUCUGGGCUGUUGAGCCUUCUGCUGCCGGAGAGCCAGGGGAAGCCCCUUCCCGAGAGCAUCCACCACAUGCAGACAGUACCCUGCUGCAAGGGAGGCGAAAGCAGGAAAGCCUACAACCUCACCAGUGCUAAAGGAGAUGAGGACCGUCUGGAAGAGGCCGUGUGA